UUGCCAUCUAAGUAUCUAUUGCCAAUUUCUCCAACAAUUUUCGAGAAAUUUGACCCUUCAACGUCUUCUACAAUACAAUCAAUGCGCCAUUACUGUUUUCUUUGACUUCAGACUGCAUUUUGGCUAAAGCUUUUCCCACUCCAUGUCCACUUAACCUCUUAUCUGAUAAAAUAUAACUUUGAUAUUUCCCAUAUGCGAUCUGCAAGCAAGAGAACUUGAUCACCAAAACCAUGGACUCUCUCAAAUUCUCCACAGUCCUACUCUCCUUGCUGAGCCUUGCUAUUAUCACUCAAGCACAGGAUCCCACUUUCCUAUCUUAUUAUUGCCCAAACACAACCACCUUCACAAGGAACAGCACUUACCAGGCUAAUUUAAAUCUCCUCCUAUCUUCACUUUCAUCAAACGCAACCCGCAACAACAUCAAUGGAUUCUACAACGUCUCUGCAGGACAGGAUCCUGAUGCAGUCUAUGGCAUGUUUCUUUGCCGUGGUGAUGUUAGCAACAGUGUUUGUCGAAAUUGUGUCAAUUUUGCUGCCAAAGACGUCCUCGAAAGGUGCCCAAUUGAGAAAGUAGCUAUGAUAUGGUUUGAUGAGUGUGAAUUGCGUUACUCAAAUAGAAACAUCUUCUCUACUGUGGACCAAGACAUCACCAUAUUCAUGAUGAGUCCAAACAAUGUUACAGUCCAACCUGAUCGUUUUAACCAGCUAGUAGAAACCACCAUAAAUGGUAUAGCUGCUCGGGCUUCAUCUGCUCCUUCAGGUGCUAAGAAGUUUGCAGUUCAACAAGUGAACUAUACUGGGAUCCAGAAAUUAUACACUCUUGUGCAGUGUACACCAGAUCUAUCCACUCUAGAUUGUAAACGUUGUCUUGAGGGAGCUAUUUCAAAAUUAGGCAAUUGCUGUAAUAGAAAGCAAGGAGGAAGAGUCUUAUUUGCAAGUUGUAAUUUUCGGUAUGAACUUUAUGAAUUUUAUAAUGCAACGGCAGCAGCUGAGGCUGCACCGCCACCUCCUCCUGUGGCUCUAUCUCCUCCUCCAACUUCAGGUCCAGAGACAAGAAAAGGAAAAGGCGGUGUCUCAACAGUUUUAAUUAUAGCCAUUUUGAUCCCAGUUACUGUUUCUCUUGUGCUUUUCUGCCUGGGUUUCUGUUUCUUGAGUAGAAGGGCGAAGAGCAAUAAAUAUUCUGCACAGGAAAUAAAUGAUGAUGGAAAUGAGAUUACAAACGUGGAGUCAUUACAAUUCGAUUUGAGUUCUAUACAAGAUGCCACAAACCAUUUCUCCGCUGAUAACAAGUUAGGUGAAGGUGGAUUUGGUGAGGUUUACAAGGGAACACUUCCUAAUGGACAAGCAAUAGCUGUGAAGAGGCUAUCGAAAGGCUCAGGACAAGGUGCAGCGGAAUUUAAGAAUGAGGUUAUCUUGGUAGCUAAGCUUCAACACAGGAAUUUAGUGAGGUUGCUAGGAUUUUGCUUGGAAGGAGAAGAAAAAAUUCUUGUCUAUGAAUUUGUGCCAAACAAAAGCCUCGACUACUUUGUAUUUGACCCAGAGAAGCAAGGGCUACUGGAUUGGUCUAAACGAUACAAAAUAAUAGGAGGAAUUGCUCGAGGAAUUCUUUAUCUACACGAGGACUCUAGGCUAAGAGUUAUACAUCGUGACCUUAAAGCUAGUAAUAUUUUGCUUGAUGGAGAUAUGAACGCAAAAGUUUCAGAUUUCGGCAUGGCUAGGAUUUUCGGAGUUGAUCAAACUCAAGGAUGUACCAACAGAAUUGUUGGAACAUAUGGUUAUAUGUCUCCAGAAUAUGCAAUGCAUGGGCAGUUCUCCGUGAAGUCUGAUGCUUAUAGCUUUGGUGUCUUAAUUCUUGAAAUUAUAUCUGGAAAGAAGAACAGUUCUUUCUAUCAAACUGGCGGUGCUGCAGACCUUGCGAGCUAUGUAUGGAAACAUUGGAGAGAUGGCACACCUUUGGAAGUGAUGGAUCCAACUCUGACGGAUACGUAUUCAAGAAAUGAGGUAAUUAGAUGCAUCCACAUUGGAUUGUUAUGUGUUCAGGAAGAUCCAGCUUCCAGGCCCACAAUGGCAACAGUUGUUCUCAUGCUCAAUAGUUACUCGAUUAGCUUACCAUUACCUCAAGAGCCUGCAUUUUUUCUCCAUAGUAGAACAGAUCAAGGGUCAAUUCCAAGCAAGGAAUUUUUUGCAGAUAAAUCUAAGGGCAAUUCUGUGCCAUAUUCUGGCGAUGAAGGUUCAAUUACUGAAGUAUAUCCUCGAUAGGGAGAGAAUGUGCAUUUUCUCCCAAAUAAGCAAUGGAAAAUGGUUAGCUUUUUAGUAUAAAACACUUCGAAUUUGGGAGUUUCAUAUCAUGGAGUUCCAAUGAUGAUUAGUGAGUUUGCUUAAAACUAGCUAGUGCUUGAUGUAUAUGGGAAAUAAGCCUCAACUCCGAAGUUAAAUGUUAGAAUAGUAUUAGGAUAGUAAUCUCCUAGGAAUCAUUGUGCACCCCAACUCACACACAAGUGUGCAAUCUCUACUGGACCUCGAGUUGGCGGGCUCUCUCUAGUGGUUUAACACUUAGAAGUGGUUCCUUACUCAUAGAUAGCAUCCAAGAGUGUCUGUGACAUUAAAAAAAAGUGUAUUAAAGGAUUUUUUUUUACUUCAAACACUACAGUUCAAAGUUUCUGAUGUUAUUCAGAUUAGCACCA